AUGAUCUUCGCCGCCCGUCAACUUCAGGAGAAGUGCCAGGAGAUGCUGACCCACCUGUACUCUACCUUCUUGGACCUGACGAAAGCCUUCUACACGGUGAAUCGUGAAGGACUGUGGAAGAUCAUGCAGAAAUUCGGCUGUCCGGAGCGAUUCACUCAGAUGGUGCGUCAGCUGCACGACGGUUUGAUGGCGCGAGUCACGAACAACGGAGCCGUCUCAGAGGCAUUCGCAGUGACCAACGGAGAGAAGCAGGUAUGCGUGCUGGCGCCUACCCUCUUCAGUCUCAUGUUCUCUGCCAUGCUGAUGGACUCCUAUCGUGAUGAGCAUCCCGGGAUCCGCAUCGCCUACAGGACGGACGGUCACCUGCUAAAUCAACGACGGAUGCACUUUCAAUCCCGCGUAUCCACAACCACCGUUCACGAACUUCUCUUCGCCGACGACUGCGCACUGAACACCACCUCAGAAGAGGAGAUGCAACGGAGCAUGGACCUGUUCUUCGCCGCCUGCGAGAACUUCGGUCUGGUUAUCAACACGCAGAAGACGGUGGUGAUGCAUUAA